AUGCGCCUUCAGUGACUGUAACCGCAACCAUUCUGUUCUGGUAUCUUUCAACCUUCAUAGAAUCCGUUGAUUUUAUUGUUAUGUAAAAACGAAGUACCCUUUGUUUUUUCGAAACGGACAGGAGCGAGUUCUCUUUUUUAAGAAAUGUGAAAGCUAUCAAGAUACAGUCUGCACUGGCGAUUUGGAAUGGACCGGUGGUUUGAUGGAAGUUAACAAUGGAACUCAUACGACGUUGAAAACUGAAUGCUGCACAUAUCCGGGAAUGUAUCGAUCCUACUUAAUCAGAACGGUACUCCUAGGAAAAGAUGAUAGGUUAGCGAUGAUGUUCUCUAUAAACUCAGUUGCUCUUGUAGCCUAUCACUCAACAUCAUUCGACCUCAUUAAAGCAGUACGCAAAGCGAUAAAUAGUGACAAUAGCUUAACAAUUUCCUUAACUUUCAAUUGCCGAAAAGUUUCCUCCAGUACCGAUACAUUUUCUGAUGCCAGAAAUUUCGUUGGGAUUCUCAUUCACUCCUUGAAUAAUUUUCAAUCUAGAAAUCGAGGAGUUCAUGACGACUACGUGCAUCCGGCAAUACGAAAACGUCGUCCGGUCUACGGAAGACGUAAAAUAACGCGUGUGUAUGGUGAUAACAACGAUGAUUACGACUACGACUUUUAUAUUCCUCGAUUAAUGAGCUUGAAUAACGUUUUCGAGCAGAUGCAGUGUUUCAGCGGGGACAUGAAGGUUGAGACUCCAUCAGGGUCGAAGGCCGUGAAAGACGUAGUGGUCGGCGACAUGGUUCUAACCAUCGACGAAUCCAUGGCGACGUUUUCACCUGUGAUCAUGUUUCUUCAUAAACUUGAACACGAAGAGGCUGUGUUUUUGCAUAUUCAUACGGACUACGGAGAGUCGCUCAAACUGACAGCAAAUCACUUGAUGUAUGUGGCGAAUUGUGAUCGAGGCACACCUCUUCGCUUGAUUGCAGCCAAAAAUGCUCAAGUAGACCAGUGUGUAUUCGUCACCGAGAACAGGUCGAAACUCAUUCAGAGACGAAUAAGUUCAAUAGCAAAGGUAACGGAGAGAGGAAUAUACGCGCCCUUGACAGUCACAGGUGACAUCGUUGUGAACCGCUACCUUGUCUCCUGUCACUCCAAUAUCGCUCUGAAGACACUCCAGCAGACGUUCUUCGGCUUCUAUCGAAGCGUUUCCAUGGUGUUUCACACACAUCUACCACUUGGUGUACAUUACAUGACAACGAUUCUCGAUCUCUUUCUCCCAAAUUCAUUCUUAUAA